GCUGUAUUUCAAAGAUGCUCACACAAGCAUUUAUCAAUCCUUGGUCACGAAGAUUGCUCACGUCAGCGGCGUCGUCCAUGGUCCCUCGUAUGGUGGCUCUCGAUGCAGCCACGUUGAAGUUGCCUAGUGAUGCUUGGUCACGUCUCAGUACUCUAGGGGAUCUGAACCUCUAUGAAGAUACCAAGACACCCGAAGAGGUUAUUGAGAGAGCUAAGGACGCCGAUAUAGUCCUCACCAACAAGGUGCCUCUUGGUCGUGAUGUCCUCAGCGCUUUGCCAUCAUUGAAAAUGAUCAGCGUUAUAGCAACAGGCUAUGACAUGAUUGACAUUCGCUGCCUCCAGCCGGGCCAAGUCGUCUCCAACGUCCCUUACUACAGCACCAACUGUACAGCCCAACAGACGGUAGCCCUAAUACUAGAGCUAUGCAAUAGUGUUGGCGUGCACAACACUGCUGUCCAUGCUGGGGAGUGGAGUAAGGAAGGCCUCUUCUGGUUCCGCAAGCACGAGAUGCUAGAGUUGGGUCCUGAUGUCACUAUCGGCAUCGUAGGCCUUGGGACCAUCGGGACGAGAGUAUACGAGCUCUUACGACCGUUUGGGUGCCAGUUCUUGGCCUGGUCACCAGACUCUAGGAAGGAACUGCCACAACUGUCUUAUGCCAGUGACAUCACAGAGUUGUUCCAGAAAUCAAAUCUGGUAACGCUCCAUUGCAAGUUGACGCCACAGAACUAUGGCUUCGUGAAUGGGCCACUCCUCCAUCGAAUGCAGCCAGGGUCGAUCCUGGUCAAUGCUGCUAGAGGAGCCCUUGUCAAUGAGCAGGACCUCGCCGAUGCCCUCAACUCGGGCCAAUUGGCAGCUGCUGCCGUCGAUGUCGUGUCCCACGAGCCGAUCUCCGAUGACAACCCUUUGUUGCGGGCAAAGAACUGCAUCAUAACGCCCCACAUGGCAUGGACAUCUCCUGAAGCGCGUCGUCGUUGCCUCGAGAUCGCCACCAGCAAUGUGGAGGCGUUCCUUAGGGGCAGUCCAGCUCACGUCGUGGCAUCUGGUUGAGUAUAGGCCCUGCUGUAUAGGC